CACUUUUUUGUUUACCUGCCGUUGGUGGAGCUAAAGAGAAAGCUCCUCCAUGCAGCAGGAGACGGGUUCCGCAAGGAACUGGUUGUCAGUAUCAUGUGCUUAGCAACACGUCCUUCCAGAAGUAGCGGCGCCUGGAAUAAUUUAAUCCGAGAAGUAGUACUAGUUUGAGACUAGAGCGUUAGGCCUAAAACGCAGUUAUCGCCCGAGGAGGCCUACUAGUAUUCUCACAGUGUGUUUUUGACGUUUGGGCAACGCCACGGAAAAGGCUCCGUUGCACAUUGACUUUAGGCAAUUUUGUGAGGCCUACUGAUCUGAAUGAUGGUGUGGGGGUCGUCGGUUGGGCGCGGAAAUAUGGAGAGAUGGUUGAGUGACGCAUGCACUUUCCCAACAGACAGGGCACUUCAUCUCGCUGAGAACUCCUAUCAUAUUGCCUAUAUGACUGAUUCAAAAUCAAAUUCUUUCUGUAAUCAUUCCAAAGAAGACCCCAUGACUUGUAGUUGUGGAGAAGAAGCAACAGAAUUUGCGUGGGUGUGGAGUACAAAAGAAGAAGGUGGCCAAGCAGGAAACAUAGUACUGGGACCAGAAUGUCGGCAGAUCAAUUUCAAUCCCGAGUACAGUUCAGGAACUGCAUCUGUUAGAGGAAACCAGAUUCUUCCCAAGAAUUAUCAACACUAUUGGGAGAUUAAAUUAACCAAUGCAGUUUAUGGUACAAAUAUGAUGAUUGGUGUAUGUACACCAGAGUGUGAUAUGAGUCAUGGAAUCUAUCGAUUCUGUUCGCUCAUUGGUCGUGAUGAUGAAUCCUGGGGUUAUUCAUACAAAGGUACUACGCAGCAUGCAGGGAAUUUGAGCCGGUAUGGUCCUCGAUGGGGAAAAGGAGCUAUUGUUGGAGUACAUCUUGAUACUUGGAGAGGCAAAUUAGAAUUUUUCUUAAAUCGUGAACCUCUUGGUGUUGCUUUUGAGGGACUGCGGAACAAGGAUCUUUACCCUAUAGUUGCAUCAACAUCAGCACAUUCAGGAAUGAAGUUAGUUGCUAGUUACAUGUUUCCACACAAUCUACAGUUUCUUUCAUCAGAAGUUGUAUUUAAAAGAUAUCCUGAUAAGAUUAAUGUUCAUCCAAAAGAUUUAUCAUUACCACCUGGCCUUCAAACGCUCAUACAGAAAAAUUACUGGCCAUUCAUAAAAUAUGUUAGUCUUAAAAUUGGUAGCAAUAGGUUAAAUUACAUACGAUGGCACGGCACCAAACGGCACCUUGAAAGCAACUCAACAGAUGUGCAUCAGUCUAAGAGACUGUGCACUGGUCAUGACAUUUACUCACUAUCUUCAUGCUGUGAUGAGAUUCCUAGCACCAGAAAACACUGUCAGAGUUUUAAGGUUUUGUUCAAUCCUAAGAGAAGACAUUGCUUGGGCAGUGAAUCUGAGAGACCUUCUUCAGAUACUACAACAAAUGAUGAGGAGGAACGGAGCGAAGGAAAGAGUCUUGAUGGUGCUUCUAGCUCACAAGUUAAUGAGCCAAAUUCCAGCAACGAUUGACUGCAUCCAGGCAGUAGGUGCAUUUAUCAUUGAAUGUUCAAUUUUCUUAUAAUGGUGCCAUGAGGGGACUUGAAAGGGUCAGUGGAAAUUAUAAUUAUAUUUUUUUGAUGUUCUUUCGCAUGUUAGCUCCUUUUUAUACGGCGUUUAAAAAUUGUGUACUUAUACAGGAAAUUAACCUGAAAGAAUUAAGUAAAUAUGUACUUAUAA